GUUCAGAAACUUUUCGUAGCUCCGAGAAUCUGAGACGACGGGCUCCCUCGUUUCCGCUUGAAAAAGCGGGAUAUUUCCGGUUGUUCUUCCUUCCUGACUAUGACCUCAUAAACUGAGGAUUGGUUUCAAUAUUUCGGAUAACAUAUCACCUUAAAGGAACCAGGGUGACGCUGAGAUGGCAGAGAGAGAGGCAGAUAUGGAGGAAGACGCAGGAGAUCUGCCAGCCAGGGAGGGCGACAACGACUCUGACAGAGAGGAAGACGAGGGAUUGUUUUUCUGGAUGGUGAACGAGGACAUGGAGGAGGAUGAUGAAGACAAUGAGGUGGAGGACGAACAACCGGUGGACACUGAAGCGACUGAAUCUUUCGAGCUGGACACCCCGGCUGAGCGCAGUGGUCACAUUGCUGUGGUUGAUAGAAAUAUCAUUUAUGUGUGGGGUGGAUACAAGAAUGGCCAAAAUCAUGGAUUCAUUGAUUUAUAUCUGCCCAGAAAUGAGGUCUGGACCUACAACAUGGAGUCAGGAGUAUGGAUGAAGCAUGUAGCCGGAGGUAACCUGCACACGUCGAUGUCCGGCAGCUGUGGGACGUGCCUCGAUGGAGUCCUCUACCUGUUCGGGGGUCACCAUGCAAGGGGAAACACAAAUAGGAUCUACCGUCUGCCUCUAAGGGCGCCCAGCCUUGUGUGGGAGGAAAUGAGGGAUCUGAAAGGACUUCCUCCGUCCUCCAAGGACAAGCUGGGGUGCUGGGUCUAUAAGAACAGACUGAUUUUCUUUGGCGGGUAUGGCUACGCCCCACAGGGAUGUCAUCGAGGAACUUUCCAGUACGAUGAAUCGUCCUCCUUAAUGUGGGACAGCCCUGGGCGAGGCUGGAACAAUCACAUCCAUGUCCUGGACCUGGAGACCUCCACAUGGAGUCAACCCAUCACUCAGGGCAACACGCCAUCCCCCAGAGCAGCUCACGCCUGUGCUACAGUCGGAAACAGAGGUUAUGUGUUCGGUGGUCGAUUCAAGAAUUACAGACUAAAUGACCUGUACUACAUUGACCUGGAGACAUGGGUGUGGCAUGAAAUGAGCGUUCCUCAGCAUGGUCCUGUGGGCCGAUCUUGGCAUUCCUUCACACCAGUUUCAUCAGAUCACAUCUUCCUGUUUGGAGGUUUCACCACAGAGAGAGAAACGCUCAGUGAUGCUUGGCUCUACUGUGUCAGUAGGAAUGAUUGGAAGCCUUUCAAACACAGCCACACAGAGAGCCCCAGGCUGUGGCACACGGCCGUCUCCGGGGCGGAUGGAGAGGUGUUUGUGUUUGGAGGCUGUGCCAACAACCUUUUGUCUCAUCAGAGAGCUGCCCACAGCAACGAGUUGCUGAUUUUUAAUGUCCAGCCCAAAUCAUUAGUUCGGUUCUGUAUGGAGACCGUUCUGCAGCACAGGGAAAGGCUGUCUUGUCACUGGGACUGCUUGCCUAAACACCUCCUGCACAGCCUUAAACAGAGAAUGUCCCGGGUCAACACUCUCGGGUCUUAAGGCUGGAGGAGAUCCACAGGAUUACGCAACUAUCGGUUCUGUGCAGGAAGUAGUUCUGCCUGAGUGUUAUUUAAUGUGUGUAAAAACUUGAAUUAAUGAGAGACAGAGUGAGCAAUAGUUACCAGUUUCUGUUCUGGAAGCAUCCCAUUACUGCAAGUAAGCUUCUGGGACAUAUGGUGAUUAGCCUGGUCUGGGAUCAGAUUCUCACAGAAUAAUAAUCUGGAUUAAAAUGAUCACAGAGUCAUGAUUUAUCUGUACAUCAACAUGAUCUGAAGGAGCUAAGGACCCGUUUGAAAUGUGCUGCCCGUCACAGCCCAACUCUGACCACUAAGGUCGGACCGAUCCACUUCCACAGAACACACUUCUGCCUUUGUGGAGAUCAUUUUACAUCCAACGUCCCACCAGCUCGCUUGAGAUGUGGCUGCAACUGAUAAACAGAUAUUUAAAGCUGAGGAAGUAAAAGCCGUGUUGUGGUUCAUGGUUAAAAAUUCUAAUAUGGUUCUGGGUCUGUUGCCACCUUCACCGGGUUGGUUCCCUGUUUCAGAUCUACAGAGGCGGCCUGCAACUGGUCCAAAUUUGGCUCACCUUAUUUAUUUGCUGGUAGAAAUAUGGUUUUAUAUAGAUACCGGACUGUGAAAUUUCCCUCAGCAGGUACCAGUUAGGUCGAUAUGAAGCUUCCUAACUAUGAAUUACCCAAAACUGUAAAGGUCCAACUAGGCAGAGGGAGGGGAAACGGCCGGAACCUUUUUAAAACGGGCCUGUAAGCUGUUUGUCAUGUUUGGGUUAUGUUUCUGGAAAUUGUUUCCCGCUCUGUUGCAGAUGUUCGAUGUGUUAAGAUGGAAACCAAAUGCGGCGCCUCACUGUUGGUUGUUGCUAGACGUCAGUUAAAGGAAGACUGUUAAUGAUCCGUUUAAAACAACUCAAAAUGUUUCUCUAUUUUUAUGACUUUAACCUGAACAGGAACUCUCUGAGAAACCACUGAAUGUCAAUGAAAUAUGUGGAAAUCUUGAAAUAACCUACAUAUGGAUGUCAAAUUGUAAUUUCAGAUGGUCUGUUUUUAAAUGUCAGUUUUGUCUCGACACUAAAACACGGGGGGGGGGGGGGGUUAAUUUUAUAUAUAUAUAUAAAGUUGUCUGUUUGAGGUGUUUAAGCCUCCAUGCUAAUGAGUGGCGCCUGCAGCGAGUCUGAAGGAUGUGGAGCCGCGUUGCACUGAAAUGCCUCGUGUCAUUAAGGCUUUGGCUUGCACUGAAUUACCUUCUUUUCUUCUUUAAUUGUAGGUAAUCCAACUUUGUAUUCAAAUAAAACAAAGAAAUAUAAAAAAUAAA